CGCUGUUGGCAGUGCAGAAAAGACGAGAGAAGGUUGCUAGAGCUGUUCGGGAGAUUUUAUUGUUUUGCAUUUGAACUAAAAAAGGAUUUUCGGCUAAGAUAUUUGUUUCCAACUUCAGCUACAGUGAUAGCUAAGUUUGGAAAGGAGAAAGGGGAGCUUUGGCGUGCGUUUACCGAAAUUUUAAUGCACAGUGUCUCCCAUCGAUAGCCUUGCGUUACGAAGAUAAAUACAUAUUGGGCAAACGUUAAUUAUUUCCGGAAAAGUAUUACAAUGGAUAACGCUGGAUCUAAGAAACGUUGCUGUGAAUCGGUCCAAGAGUUCUUCACAUCACCAAAGUUCCUUAUUUACCUGGGACAUGGCCUCUCAACAUGGGGCGAUCGUAUGUGGAACUUCGCUGUAGCCGUAUUUCUGGUGGGGCUGUAUGGCAACAGCCUCCUGCUCACGGCUGUGUACGGACUGGUGGUGGCAGGGUCAGUGCUGCUCCUUGGAGCCAUUAUCGGUGACUGGGUUGACAAAAACCCAAGACUCAAAGUGGCCCAGACUUCGCUGGUUGUCCAGAAUUUUUCUGUCAUACUAUGUGGGAUCCUCUUGAUGGUGGUUUUCCAGUUCAAAGAACAGAUUGCAGAGUUAUACAAUGGAUGGAUUCUGACAUGCUGCUAUAUCCUGGUCAUCUCCAUAGCCAACAUUGCUAAUUUGGCCAGUACUGCCAUGGCAAUUACCAUCCAGAGAGACUGGGUGGUGGUUGUGGCUGGACAGGACAGCAGCAAGCUGGCAGACAUGAACGCCACAGUGCGGAUCAUCGACCAGCUGACCAACAUCCUAGCGCCCAUGCUGGUGGGUCAGAUCAUGUCUUUUGGCUCAAACUUCAUUGGUUGCGGCUUUAUUGCGGGCUGGAACCUGUGCUCUAUGUGCCUUGAGUAUGGUCUGCUAUGGAAGGUCUACCAGAAAACCCCGGCACUGGCCUUGAAGGCUGGCAAAAAAGAGGAUGACCAGGAACUGAAACAACUUAACUUCCCGAAAGAGCUAGAAAACGGCAAGGGCACAGUAGAGGGCUCCCAGCUCAUGAACGAGAUGGCUGUCGUCGAGGCCGACUCUCCCAAGAAGACGAGCUGCUGCUACCAGAUAACAGAGCCCCUGCGCACCAUCCGCGACGGCUGGGUGGCCUACUACAACCAGUCCAUCUUCUUCGCAGGCAUGUCGCUGUCCUUCCUCUACAUGACGGUGCUGGGAUUUGACUGCAUCACCACGGGCUACGCCUACACCCAGGGCCUCAACGGCUCUGUGCUUAGCCUGCUGAUGGGUGCCUCAGCCGUGUCAGGCAUUUGUGGCACGGUGGCCUUCACCUGGGUUCGCAAGAAGUGUGGCCUAAUCCGCACAGGCUUCAUCUCGGGUGUGGUGCAACUCUCCUGCCUAGUUCUGUGCGUGGCGUCCGUCUUCGCACCGGGCAGCCCCUUCGACCUCAGCAUUUCGCCCUUCCAGGACAUCUACAGCCACCUGACCGGAGACAGCGGCAACUUACCAGAGGCCGACCAUCCGGCCAGCAUGCUGAACAUCGAUGGUCUGCUGGUCAACGGUACGACUGCACUGCCCGCUGAAGAACUGCCGCCUCUGCAGUCCUACCUGUCAGUCAGCCUGCUGUUUGCAGGGGUUAUUGCUGCUAGAAUUGGUCUAUGGUCCUUUGACUUAACCGUGACCCAGCUCAUCCAAGAGAAUGUGAUCGAGUCGGAGAGGGGGGUGAUUAAUGGUGUCCAGAACUCCAUGAACUACCUCCUGGACCUGUUGCACUUUAUCAUGGUGAUUCUGGCGCCCAACCCUGAGGCCUUUGGCCUUCUCGUCAUCCUCUCCGUCUCCUUCGUGGCCAUGGGCCACAUCAUGUACUUCAGGUUUGCCUUCAAGAGCCUCGGGCGGCGCCUCUUCCUCUGCUGCUCGCCAGAGCAGAAGGCCCAGGCUCUCCCGGACUCUCCCUCCUCGCUUCCCACCACCGUGUAGCCCAUUAAAGAGAUGCUGUCCCUGCUAAUAGCUCUACCUGCAGCCUGCAGUGCACACUAUUGUCCACUCCUUCUCCUGCCCGCUAGCUAUCAACCUAAACAUGCUUGCGUCUAGCCCCCACAGCACCUAACCCUAGCAUGUGCUGUCCUUUGCCAUUGUGAUAUAGCAUUAGCCGUUUUGCGGAAGCGGGAAGAGUAGUGCAGCCUCAGACACAGAGAAGCAACCCCUCACAGACAAAAAGCUCAGCUUGAAUGAGGCCUUAUAGAGAGGUGUCAAAAAAAUAAACAUCACUUCUCCCUACUUCCAAUAUUUCAAUCUAGCUGUCUUGUUAUUCAAGGGGCUGCAGCUAGAGCUACAGAAAAUGAGGGAGGAAAAAUGCAGGUAUUGCUUGCAGUUACUACGGUUACAGCCACAUACUACUUAAGUAUGUUCUGUGGUUCUAGUGGUGUUUGCAUCUCAUUACAGCUCUGCAUCAGCCUCGCGGGAUUUUCAUUUCCACAUUUGUUUCUCAGUAGUUCAUUGUUACUAUAGCCAUUCACGUUAGCAUUUGAAACGUCUCAGUUACUUAAGCUUUAGUAAUUGACAAUGAUUUAAAUGACCGGUUUUACCAGUGAGAAACAGGUUCUUACUUAUUUUGCUUAAUGAGCCUGGGAUGAGCCUCUUUAAUACAUGGUUAUAAGGGUUAUGCAAAUUAUUUAUUCAAGGAGUGCAGAUACUGAUAGAUAGAAAGAUAAAUAGACUGAACAAAAAUAUAAACGCAACAUGUAAAGUGUUGGUCCCAUGUUUCAUGACCUGAAAAAAAUAUCCCAGACAUUUUCCAUAUGCACAAAAAUGCACAAAUUUGUUUUCAUCCCUGUUAGUGAGCCUUUCUCUUUUGCUAAGAUAAUCCAUCCACCUGACAGUUGUGGCAUAUCAAGAAGCUGAUUUAACAGUAUGAUCAUUACACAGGUGCACCUUGUGCUUGGGACAAUAAAAGUCCACUCUAAAAUGUGCAGUUUUGUCACAACACAAUGCCACAGAUGUCUCAAGUUUGGAGGGAGUGUGCAAUUGCCAUGCUGACUGCAGGAAUGUCCACCAGAGCUGUGUUAAUGUUAAUUACUCUACCAUAAGGCACCUCCAACGUUGCUUUAGAGAUUAUGGCAGUACGCCACAACCACAGACCACGUGUAACCACACCAGCCCAGGACCCCCACAUCCGACUUCUUCACUUGUGGGAUCGUCCGAGGGGGGAGGUGGGGUGCGGAUGAGUAUGUCUCUGUAAUAAAGCCCUUUUGUAGAAAAACUAAUUCUGAUUGGCUGGCUCCCCAGUAGGUUGGCCUGGCUCCCAAGUGGGUGGGCCUAUGCGGGCCUAUGCCCUCCCAGGCCCACUCAUGGCUGUGCCCCUGCUCAGUUAUGUGACAUAAAUAGAUUAGGGCCUAAUCAUUUUUUUUAUUGACUGAUUUCCUUAUAUGAACUGUAACUCAGCAAAGCCUUUGAAAUUGUUGCAUGUUGCAUUUAUAUUUUUGUUCUGUAUACACACACACACACAGAGUACCAGUCAAAAGUUUCGACACAGCUACUCAUCUUGGUUUUGACUAUUUUCUACAUUGUAGAAUAAUAGUGAAGACAUCAAAGCUAUGAAAUAACACAUAUGGAAUCAUGUAGUAACCAAAAAAGUGAUAAACAAAUCAAAAUAUAUUUUAUAUUUGAGACUCUUCAAGUAGCCACCCUUUGCCUUGAUGACAGCUUCGCACACUCUUGGCAUUCUCUCAACCAGCUUCACCUGGAAUGCUUUUCCAACAGUCUUGAAGGAGUUCCCACAUAUGAUGAGCACUUCCUUCACUCAUCCCAAACCAUCUCAAUUGGGUUGAGGUCAGGUGAUUGUGGGGGCCAAGUCAUCUGAUGCAGCACUCCAUCACUCUCCUUCUUGGUAAAAUAGCCCUUACACAGCCUGGAGGUGUGCUCUGGGUCAAUGAUAGUCCCACUACGUGCAAACCAGAUGGCAUGGCAUAUUGCUACAGAGUGCUGUGGUAGUCAUGCAGGUUAAGUGUGCCUUGAAUUCUAAAUAAAUCACAGACACCUCCAUGGUUCACAGUGGGAACCACACAUACAGAGAUCAUCCAUUCACCUACUCUGUGUCUCACAAAGACAUGGCGGUUGGAACCACAAAUCUCAGAUUUGGACUCAUCAGACCAAAGGACAGAUUUCAACUGGUAUCAUGUCCAUUGCUUACAUUUACAUUUAAGUCAUUUAGCAGACGCUCUUAUCCAGAGCGACUUACAAAUUGGUGCGUUCACCUUAAGACAUCCAGUGGAACAGCCACUUUACAAUAGUGCAUCUAAAUCUUUUA